CGCUCGUCUUCUCAAAUGAGUUCGAAAAAAAGUAUUCUAGUGAAGUUCAUAGAAUUAAAGUUUGGGGGACCGAGUUAUGUCCAUAAACAGAUGUUGUGAUUUGGACUUUCAAGGUCCUGAUGUCCUGAUUUGGGCUUUCAAUUGUGAGUUCGUUCCUUUUCGUUUAUCUUUUUGAUUUUCCUUUGACCUAGUGCUGACAGCACCACCAUUCAAACAAAACACAUAUCACUGUGAUCGAAAAUCAUCUUCCAAUCCACACCCAAAUCUUCUCAAAUGAGUUCGCCUUCGGGCCUUUUUUUUUGUUUGUUUUUUAUUCAUUUUAGUUUGUUUUGGUGAGAUUAUUAAGUAGUAUCUAUUGGUAUUUAUAAAUUUUAUUUUUGUCAUUUUAUAUUUUAUUGGAUAACCUCGACCGAAAAAUGGAUAAAUUUUCGGUUUGAAACCAAACCGAAUCUUUCGAUUCGGUUUUCGGUUUUGAUACUUAAACCGAAUUUUCGGUCGGUUUGGUUCGGUUUUGACCAAAUGUGCAGCCCCAGCUCGCAGUUCUAGGCGCCGGCGGCGGCGCUUCAUUCAAAAGCCACAAUCACAGCUGAUGUGACAGUACUUUGGCAUUAAUGUCGGAAUUGUCCCUGUUAAUUUUUAUAUUUAGACCAUAAUACCUCCUUUUAUACAAAAAUUACAUGUCAUCCCUUACCUGGCUGCCUAACACCAUUUUACAUGUCAUUCGCCGCUCGACUUCUGCUCUCUGCCGUCGACCUCCACUCUCGUCCCUCAUCGAGAAAACCCCAAAGUUCGAGAGCUUAGGGAAUCAACCUAGGGUUUGCUAUUGUCCUCCACUCUAGGUUUACCUGAUAUUGGUAAAGCGUUGUUUAUAUGGCAUCUGCUUGAAACCUUGCUAGCAGAUUCUCAAUUCUUUCAUUGGUUGAAUAUGAUGCUACUUUCUGCGAGCCUCUAAUUCCAUUUUCUCCUCAGUUUCCCAGUUGUGCCAAUAUUGCCAAUAUGAUGUUACUUUGUGCGAGCCUCUAACUCCAAAAGUUUGGUCUUUGUGUGGUGAUUUUUGAAUUCGGAACUUGAUGUUGUUUUUAUUGCAUGCUGUCGGGUACUUUUUUGGUGUUGAGGCAAACUGACGACAAACUUGGUGUAAUUGUUGAAGAUCCAAAGAAUUAAAUUCCUUGUCUUGAUUGUGUCUUUAGCUGCUGAAAUUGCUUGUGAAAUAUGGAUUUUGUUAUGAUGGUACUGACAUGUAAAAGGAGAGGCUUUUUAGUUGUUUUUGAGCAAAAAGUUUGAUGUCGACGAGCUGAGGACUGAAUUUGAUUUUUUUUUCUUAAAUAUCUUGAAUGGUUAAUUGCUUUGCUGAUGUUGUGCUAUGUGAUAGAAUUCUUUUAGCUUUGUGUAAUUAGUAUAAAUUGCGAGGUUUUGGAUUGAAUACUUCUUUUUACGUUUGCAGGAUAGUUCAAUUUGAUCUUAUUUGUCACACCUCCAAGAGUUUUAUGAUAGUUAAAAAAAACAAAUUCUGAUAAAACAUUCUAGUGAUAUAUGUCUUAUUUUACCCAACCCAAGUUUGGGGGAAAAUUUCCCGAAUGUCUCUUUGUGCCUAAUAAUCUACAUGGCUGUCCAGGUGAAUGAAAACAUGUGGAGUUUUGGGAAAUUAAGGUUGAUUUCUAAGAGCUUUAGCACCCCCUCCUCUAGUCCUUUACGCAUUUGUGUUGUUGGUAGUGGGCCCGCAGGAUUUUAUACUGCCGAGAAGCUUUUGAAGACACAUGAAACGACAGAAGUUGAUAUAAUUGAUCGACUGCCUACGCCAUUUGGACUAAUCCGGUCUGGCGUCGCUCCUGACCAUCCUGAAACCAAGAUAGUCACGAAUCAGUUUACCCGAGUUGCACGUAAUGAACGCUCUUCAUUCUUUGGAAAUGUGUCUCUUGGAUCCUCCAUAACUUUGGCUGAGCUACGUGAGAUGUAUAAUGCAGUGGUGCUCGCAUAUGGCGCUGAAAGUGAUAGAUCUCUUGGCAUUCCUGGGGAGGGUUUGGCUGGUGUAUAUGCUGCCAGAGAGUUUGUUUGGUGGUACAAUGGGCACCCAGACUAUAAAAAUCUUGCCCCAGAUCUGAAAAGCUCAGAUACUGCUGUUAUUCUUGGUCAGGGUAAUGUGGCUCUUGAUGUAGCUCGAAUUCUCUUGCGGCCAACAGCGGAAUUAGCAAAAACAGAUAUAGCAUCUCAUGCAUUGGAUGCUUUAGAAGGGAGCUGUAUAAGGAAAGUUUAUUUGAUUGGAAGACGCGGACCAGUACAAGCAGCCUGUACUGCUAAAGAAUUACGAGAAAUAUUGGGAAUCAAGGAUCUGAGUGUUCACAUCCAACCAGAUGAUUUAGUUACAACACCUGCUGAUGAGGUAGAAAUGAAGAAUAACAGGAUCAGGAGGCGGGUUUACGAAUUGCUCUCGAAGGCAGCAAGCUCGGGGCAUGCACCUGUUCCUGGUCAACACGAACUCCACUUUGUCUUUUUCCGCAAGCCAGAGAGAUUUCUUGAAUCUGAUGAUAAGAAUGGUCAUCAUGGUGGUGUUCGGCUUGAGAAGACUGUUCUAAAAGGUUACCAUUUUGGAACUAGAUCUGAUAUAAUGGGAAAAUGCCUAAUUAUUCUGCUGAUGUUAGCGCUGAAGAGUGUAGGUUACAGAUCAGUACUCAUUGAUGAUUUACCUUUUGAUAACUACAAAGGAAUUGUUCCAAAUCACGGAGGGCGUGUAUUGGUUGAUGCUUCACAAGAUCAUAUGCAAUACGAGACCGGCUUAUAUGUGUGUGGAUGGUUAAAGAGAGGACCAACUGGAAUUAUUGCCACAAACCUUUAUUGUGCCGAGGAAACUCUUGCAUGCAUCUCAGCCGAUAUUGAGAAAGGAUUGUUAAACUCACCAAAGCCCGGGAGAGAAGGACUUAUGCAUUUACUAGACUGUAGGAAUACCAAAGUCGUAACAUUUGAUGGCUGGGAAAAAAUCGAUCUUGAAGAGAAAAGGCGCGGGAGUUUGAAAAAUAAACCUCGAGAAAAGCUUACUACAUGGGAUGAGCUACUCAAAGUUGCCUGUGAAUGAAGGCUGAUUUAUUUUUCUGAAGAAAACAUUUCAAUCCACACGGGUUACGUUAACUUCCAAUCAACAGGUCAGAGACAUUUUUAUUUUUGUCCACAUGGGCGAACUUGGAAUUAUGUUCUUCCUUUUGUUCUUUCGAGUGGAUAUUUGGAAAAUCAAGCAAUGGCAUAUGAAGCUAUGAACAAUGAUUCUUACUAGUUCUUGCAUGGAUCUCAUAGCUCUUCAAGGUAGUCUUAUAGUUAUAAAGAACUGAACUUUUUAUUAAUAUAUAUUGAUGGACAAACCCAGGAGUGCUCUGUUUUUGUUCAAAUUCAUCUUAUUUUAUAUUUUUAAUUUAUUAUUUAAUUUGUCAAGGUUUGCUGCCUUUUGUAAUUAAUAUUUAAUAACCCAUCAAAUCACAUCCUUUACUUUCAC